AACCGAGCGGCGCGAUGCGAUGACAUCAUCACAAGGCGCCGCUGCGCUGGACCGGCGUUGCCGUGGAGACCGAGACGCCGCCCGGAGGAUUGAGGCGAGCGGUGCGGGCGGCUGUCCGGGAAAUCUGGAGGGCCCCGAAAGGGUCUGGGGGACAUGGCCUCCCGCGAGCGCGCGGCCGUCCCCCGGCAGCGCGGGGACAGAACGCGGGGCCCCAGCGCCUCUCUCCCGGACGCGGCCCCUCGGCGGCUGAGCGAGGCGCAGUGGCUGUCCCUGCUGGUGGCCGAGGAGGCGGACGACGACGUGGGGGACGUGGUGGCCGAGCUGCUGGGCGCCGUCAUGGAGCGCUGCUUCCAGGCCGAGCUGGCCCGGCAGUGCGUGCCCUUCGCCGUGGAGCAGGCGAGGGCCGAGCUGCUGCAGGUGGCCGCGUGGCGCUUCCUGGUGCGGGACGAGGGCGACGCGGCGCUGGAGGCGGCGGGUGCUUGGCAGGAGGAUGAGGAGCCUGCGCCGUGCGCCACCGAUGCCUGGGCUGAGGGGGCGGUGCCCGUCUUGAGAGCGUGUCCAAGCCCUGGGCACGGAGAGGUCUCCGGCACCGACGCGGACGCUGUCCCAUCCGAGGCUGAGGGUAGCAAUGUGCCAGCGCCUUCCCACCCUCUGCUGGUGCAGGAUGAGGUGCUCGGCCCUCCCCAGCCCUCCAAGGGAGUAUCGGGCAGCUCUCCCGUGCCAGCCCUGCUGCCGGCCCUGCUCAGCCCCAACACGGCACAGCCCCGGCGCCUGUCUAGCAUCAAGCGCUCAGUGCCACUGAUGUGGACAGAGGCCAGCGAUACAGCAGAAGCUGACGAGCACAUAGUGCCGCAGCCUCCUUCCUGCAGCAAUCUGGUGAAGAUCUGGGCAUGGAGGUCCCCACGCAGUGAGGUGAGGGCAUGUGAUAGGCACGGCACCACCCCGGGCACCACUCGGCUGGACCCCGCCGCACACUGGAUCCAGCCCCAGGUGGAGGUGUUGGACCCGUGCGCGGAGACCAAGCGGCAUCCACGUCCCCUCCGGCAUCGGCGGCAGCCUUGGAGCCUCUCUGGACAGGACAUGGAGCUGGGUGGCUCAUGGUCCCCCCGAGGGCUGGUGGCUGUGGGGGCCCCACGGCUCCUACCGCCCAUCCCGGGGGCUCAGCAGCCCGGCAGCCGCCAGUCCCUGGUGCUGGACUCCUUGCUGGGCACCAUCCAGCUGGCACCCGGCGUCACCAUCAGGCACGGUGGCAGCGAGGGGCACAGGCUCUGCCUCCCUGUGCGCAGAGAGGAUGAGGAGGAGGAGACAGGAGAGGUCAAGCGAGACCUGAGGCCCCUCAGCCCCACUGUGCCCUUCCCUGCCAUCACGGUCAGCCAGGUCACCAGCGGUGGCACACCUUGAAUACAGUAGAGUCUGACACCU